AUGAGUGCUACAUUGCCAGCCCUUCGGGUAGAUUUGGCCACCUCCCGUUUAACCACAUUCACACAGAAACUGAGGGCACUAGGACACCAUGGCUUCGACAUAGAGCAAGAGAAUGAUGGGUUAGUAAAACAGUUCGUGCACACGAAUCCGAAAUGGAACAUUGUCACGUGUUCCAUAAGGACCACUACAGAUGUCCAUAUUGCCCAUUCCAUUUUCUACGCACGUUAUCGCGAAAAAUCUCAACGUGGUCCGUUCGGUUGGACUCUCAGCAAUGCACGCAUCGCCGAAUCGGAUGUACAACACAGGACUUUGAGGAUAAAGGAUCUUUCGAGGGAAUUCGUGCAUGUUCGUGUCCGUACUGCUCAAAUACGCUGUCUAUUCCCAGCAGGCUUAAGUUUUUGGGAUGUGUUCAUAUAG